AUGACAGCCAAGAUGGAGACUGCUUUCUAUCAUGAUGACUCCCCUGCCAUCCACAACUUCAGUCAGUUUCCAGAAUACGAGCGUUACGCCGGAAACAAGAUGCUGAUGUGUAAGAAGGCUAUGGCAAUAGGAAGUCAUCAUUUCCCGAGCAGUGGUAGCGGUGGCGCUGGAGGAAGAGGAACGAAUGCCAACAAUCUCGGAAUUGCCAACAACAGUUCCCUCAUAACAUCCUCGGCAGCCUCGGCGGACAUGAACCUGCUGAAGCUAGCUUCUCCUGACCUGGAGCAUCUGAUCAUCCAAUCCAACCAGGGAUUAGUCACCACUAACUCCACCAACCCCUUCAUUUAUCGGAACCAGGCUACCAAUGAGCAAGAAGGCUUUGCUGAUGGCUUUGUUAAAGCACUGGCGGACCUACACAAGCAGAACCAGCUAGUUGGAGGACAUAUGUCACCGUCAUCCUCCUGCAACGUCUCCUUACAGGCAUCUUACCAGAGGAACUUGAUGUCCACUAGCGAUAUCCCCAUCUACACUAAUCUUAGCAGCUACAACCAAGGACAGAUGGGGUAUUCCGGAGCGCAGAUGACAUACAGUGGCACCACGAGUCAUAAUGGUAGUGGAGCGCAUCAACCACACAACAGAGGUCUGGACGCUCCACAGACGGUCCCUGAGGUUCCCCAUCUACCUGGAGACCCUACAUCGCCACCUUCCCUCUCCCCCAUCGACUUAGAGACACAAGAGAGAAUCAAAGCCGAGCGUAAGAAGCUUCGCAACCGUAUCGCGGCAUCCAAAUGCCGUAAGCGUAAACUGGAGCGAAUUUCGCGACUGGAGGAGAAAGUAAAGAUCCUAAAGAGUCAGAACUCUGACUUGGCCUCCACCGCUUCUAUGCUUCGGGAGCAGGUCUCUCAGCUCAAACAGAAGGUGAUGAGUCAUGUCACCAAUGGCUGCCAGAUUGCCGUCAGCUCUACCAACAAAUCUGGAGGAAGAGGUAGCAGUGCUGGCAGUGAGGACUCCAGCUGCUGA